UAUGUCCAAAUAAGGAAAUUGAGUUAGGAACGGAAGUGGUCAUACACAUAUAAUCACCGAACCGUGACAUUCUUUCGGAUCGACAUCUUGCACCUACUUCGGAUCAGAAUCCCAGACACCGACAACAUGUCAGGAUUAAUUAAAGCCAAGAAGUAUGACUGGAAGGACUCCAAUAUGGCCCUUUUCGGUACAGACACCGAUAGACAAGUAAAGAAGGAAUCAGCAGAAACGGAACCUGCCUGGGAGGGCGCAGGACAGGAAGUCGGUCUCAAAAUAUGGAGGAUCAAUAAAUUCAGAGUGGAGCCUGUAGAUGAAGAAGACUACGGUGAUUUUUACAAGGGGGAUUCGUACAUCGUGCUGAACACUUACCAAAAACCCGACACGGAAGAGCUGUUGUACGACGUCCACUUCUGGAUCGGGGAGGACAGCACACAGGAUGAAUACGGAACAGCGGCUUACAAAACGGUCGAGUUGGAUACAUUUCUCGACGAUAGGGCAAUCCAACAUCGUGAGGUUCAAAAGGGAGAAUCGAAGUUGUUCUUGUCGUACUUUUCUAAUUUUGUAGUAAUGUCCGGUGGAUACGCUUCCGGCUUCAGACACGUGGAACCUAUAGAGUACAAACCGCGUCUGUUCUGCAUCCAAUGCAAAGAUCGCAGCACCGUAGCAUUUGAGGUCAAAUUCUGCAAGAACUCCAUAACAUCAGACGACAUUUUCAUAUUUGACAGUGGUUCUCAGCUGGUACAGCUGAAUGGCGCGGGAGCUAACCUCAGGGAAAAAUCAAAGGCCAUGGAUGUGAUGUCUAAAUUUGUAGAACGGCGUCCGAAAAGCGAAAAAAUUGUUGCUGAUGAAGGAGACCGAGACUACGAAAGAUGUUGUAAUAGCCUCAGAGAUGAAGACGAAGAGGAAGAGGGUUCGGAAGAUGUUGAUAUGAGUCCAAUCGAAACACCGGUCCUGUCCAAGGUCACAGAUGCCGAUGGUUCACUUGGAAUAGAGAAUGUCAAAACCGGGGACAUAUCAAUGGAUGACUUCGACUCUAAUGAUGUUUUUCUGCUUCACGUGAAUUCAACAUGCUAUGUCUGGGUUGGAAGCGGCGCCUCAAUCGAUGAGAAAAAAAACGGGAUGUACUACGCUAACAAAUAUUUAAAGCAAGCCGAUAAACCGUUCCACGGAAUAACGGUUUUCAGUGAGAGCAGUGAAAACAACGCCAAGAUCAUGGAGGAAUUAGCAGCUUAAAUCCAGCACUAUAUUUACUAUUGCUAUGAGAUCGGCUUUCAUCGCUGGUUAUAGACGGCUUUUCUCCCAAAGGUUUCUGACCUUUUAUAACAUGAACAAUGUAUUGUGAACUUUUUACUUAUAUUAUGUAUAUAUUACUGAACAUUUUAAUCCUACACACAUGUAUCUAACACGGCCGGUGAAGUGUAGGUCUUUUCCGUAACAACUGUCUUACCAACUAAAACUGCACGAGGCCUUGACCUUAACAACAGUCAUACCCAUUAAAACUACAGGAGUCCUUGACCUUAACAACAGUCGUAACAACUAAAACUACAGGAGUCCUUGACCUUAACAACAGUCAUACCCAUUAAAGCUACAAAAGGCCUUGACCUUAACAACGGUCAUACCAACUAAAACUACACGAGGCCUUGACCUUAACAACAGUCGUACCCAGUAAAACUACAGAAGCCCUUGACCUUAACAACAGUCAUACCCAUUGAAACUACAGGAGGCCUUGACCUUAACAACAGUCAUACCCAUUAAAACUACGGGAAUCCUUGACCUUAACAACAGUCAUACCCAGUAAAACUACGGGAAUCCUUGACCUUAAGAACUGUUGUAGCGAAAUACUACUAAUAUCAGUAGAUGUUACUAUGAUGUAAAAGCGCUUAGUGAAAAGUGAAUUUACAGACUCUGUAGACGUUGUAAUUCACCACAUUGUAUUGUAUAUAAGCACAUGUACAGCUUGCCAAAAACGCCAGUCUCACAUUUAAUAAGUUGAUCAUACCUUGGUCAUAUUAGUCUUAAUAAGUCUAUCUGUUCGUCAGAAUAAGAAAAAAAUGUCACUAAACAAUUUAAAAUACCAAAUGUAGAGGUUACCUUUGUACUGAAAUUUACAUUGUUGUUUGUUGGAUCGUUCUUUGUAUUUGGGUUAAUUUGUUGUUGACGAUUUAAUAAGUGUUCUAUGUUUACGCAUUUUGUUGUCAGCAAAAUCGAAUUCCCGGAACUCUGUAUUUUGAUUCGUUAGUAUCCGAUAGUAUGCUUUUUGGUGUAAUUUUGAUUAAAAUCCUUUCAACAUCAAUA